AUGGAUUCGUGUGUGUUGCUGCCCCGUGACUUUGGACUUGUGUUGAUGCUCCAUCCCAACCCCAAGAACAUCCUCGAGAUGUCUGUGUCCGUCUGGAGUAACGUGCACCUCAGCCCGGGGACGUCCUUCUACCCUGACGAGGGACAUGUCAAACUCGACAAACUGGAGAUAUAUUCUGUGCUGGACAAGAAAGACGUGAGACGUACGUUGGGAUGCUAUGACGUAAUUCAAGAGGUCGACACCAGGGAGGUCAGGCACUGCAACUGGAUCCGGUUUGUCAAAGCGUCUAAGAAUCCAGCUGAUGUCAACAUCGUUGGCACAUUAGAAAAAGGAGAGCCCGUCUUUAAGAUCGUCAAACCGGUUCGACCGAAUGAUGAGAUCGUUGCGUUCUUCGAUGUUCCUGAACCAAAAGACACAACCCCGGAACGUGAGAUUAAAGAAGAGAGUAUGGACGUCGAGAGCGAUUCCCCAAUAUAUAAUUUCUUAUAUUUCUCUUUUAAACUGUACUGUAUACUAAAGUUCUUGUAUUUCUUUUUUUCCACAGAACCAGAACGAGUGAUAUCCCCCCUGCCAAGACUUCCCUCACCAGUCAAAGUUAUCUCCCCUAUCUGUUCGCCGAGCACCCACACGACUUCGUCACCACUCGGGAGAGACGAUGAUUGCCGAUCUGCUGGCAGUGACGUCACCUCCAGUGAUGACGUCAGCUCUACAUAUUCCGGACCAAAGGAGAUUUCUCCCCUCACAUCGACUCCACGUGACGUCACUUCCGUUUCACCCGAAUCUCAACUUCCGGUGAAGAGAAACCGUGAAAGGACAUGGCUGCCAUGUGAAGUCUGUGGCAAAAAGUUCGACAGACCUUCUCUGCUGAAACGCCAUAUGAGAACUCAUACAGGUGAGAAGCCUCACGCCUGUGACGUGUGCGGCAAGGCAUUCUCCACGUCCUCAUCACUGAACACGCACCGUCGCAUCCACUCUGGCGAGAAGCCCCAUCAGUGCAAGGUGUGCGGGAAGUGUUUCACCGCCUCCUCCAACCUAUACUACCACCGCAUGACGCACAACAAGGAGAAACCCCACAAGUGCACCAUGUGCUCCAAGUCAUUCCCUACCCCCGGGGACCUCCGCUCACACAUGUACGUCCACAACGGAUCCUGGCCCUUCAAGUGCGGAGUCUGCAACCGCGGCUUCAGCAAACAGACCAACCUCAAGAACCACCUUCUGCUGCAUACAGGGGACAAACCUCACGAGUGCACCCUAUGCGGAAAGAGAUUUGCUCUGCAGUGUAACCUGAAGACUCACAUGAAGACGCAUGAAGGUGAUGAUAAAGAGAUCUGUACGCGAUGUGACCAGAUGUACUUGACUGCCAGCGGAACCGUCAUGAACGGCCUGUGCCUCCCCUGUCGCGACGACUCCGCUUCAUCCCCACCAGAGAAGGUCAAGAAAACAUCCCCUAAAUCGGACUUCAGCAUCUCAAAACUGACCAGCGAUGACAACAAACCCAAGUCAAGAAAAGUCAGCCCUGUCCAAAAUCCUCAGCAAGGACUCUCACAUUCGAUAUCCAACAUGCAGCUCAAUUCCGCAUUCCGCACUUCGUUACCAAGUCCACAUUUUGUAUCCUCCCCUUCAACGGAUUUCCAGAUGCAGCACCAACCCAUGCCAUCGUUCAGCUUCGUCCCAUUCGGCAAGAUUCCGUCUCAUAGUUCCUAUCCAGGUUUUGGUAGUCCCCAGUUUCUCCCAACCGGAAGACAUUACUUCGCAAGUCAGGAACCCACAAUGCAUCUUGGGUCUGCUGUUUCACAUCGUCCAGUCUGGCCAAGUUUGAUUGCUCAAGGAUUUUAAAAGGACAUCAGAUAAAAAUCGUAGCAUCCACGAGACAUUCCAUUUAAACUGAUAUAGUGCAUCUUGUCCGCAAACGUUGUCGUACCUCGAGAAUUUGUCUGUUGACGGAUCUCAGCCCCAGUCGUAACCGAACUAUUACAAAAACUGGUUACACUUUUGUGAAUAGACGGAUCCCAGUUCGUAACCAAAAUUAACGACUAGUUACACUUCCGUUUUGUCUUUGUGUAUAGACGGAUCCCAGUCCCAGGUCGUAACCGAACUAUGACAACAAUUGGUUACACUUCCGUUUUGUCUUUGUUUAUAGACAGAUCCCAGUCCCAGGUCGUAACCGCACUAUGACAACAAUUGGUUACACUUCCGUUUUGUCGUUGUCUAUAGACGAACCCUUACAAGAGGUUACAGAGUUUAUUCUGUCCCUGGGGUCGUUCUCCAUCUGCCAUCUAGUCAAUGUUAUGUCAUGUCUUUCAGUGUAUAUGAAUAUAUAUUGCACCCAUCGCAUUAAAUAUAUCCAUGACAGUUGUUAAUACAAUGUACAGACAACCAGCCGUCACAUUCCUAGUAACUUAAUAGUAGCUAUUUAUCAAAGUAUAACCAUGCUAUCGCUCAUAUUUACGUAUUGUUUAUGGUGUAUAUAUUGUUGACUGUCUUUCAUUGUUGACAAGAGUAUUGAAUGCAUAAUAUAUUGUAUAUUUUUGUAUAUUAAAAUG